AUGAAAACGCCCUCGCAGACGGAGGUCCACAAGACCGUCAACCGCCUCAUCACCAAUCUGGUCAACAUCAAAGAUGAUACGGGAAAGUUCCUGCUACAUCUGGAGGAUGGUCGGAUCAUCGACACCAAGUCAUGGGCCGGCUGGGAGUGGACGCACGGCAUUGGACUCUACGGCAUCUGGAAAUACUACGAGAUGACCGGCGAUGCGGCCCUUCUCCAGAUCAUCGAAGACUGGUUCGCGGCUCGGUUCGCUGAGGGCGGCACCACCAAAAAUAUUAACACCAUGGCUGUCUUUCUGACGCUGGCCUAUGUGUACGAGAAGACCGGCAACGUCGCCUACCUGCCCUGGUUGGACGCCUGGGCCGAAUGGGCGAUGCACGACCUGCCUCGUACGCGGUAUGGGGGGAUGCAGCACGCCACCUACCUAACCGAGAACUACCAGCAGCUCUGGGAUGACACUCUCAUGAUGACUGUCAUGCCGCUGGCCAAGAUCGGCAAGCUGCUGAACCGGCCGGCGUACGUAGCCGAGGCCAAGCGGCAAUUCCUCGUACACAUCAAAUACCUCUUCGACACAAAAACCGGGCUCUUCUUCCAUGGCUGGACGUUCGAAGACGAAGGUCACAAUUUUGCGGGUGCCCGCUGGGCCCGUGGUAACAGCUGGAUCACUAUCGUCAUCCCCGAGAUCAUCGAACUGUUGGACCUGGAACCGACCGACCCGAUCCGUAUCCACCUCAUUGACACUCUCGAAGCGCAGUGCGAGGCGCUGCGCCGACUCCAAGACGAAAAUACCGGCUACUGGCACACUCUUCUCGACCAUUCAGACUCGUACGUGGAAGCAUCUGCCACCGCCGGAUUUGCAUACGGCAUUCUGAAGGCCGUGCGGAAGCGGUACAUUGGACCAGAAUAUGGCCCGAUGGCAAGGAAGGCCAUCAACGCGGUGUUGAGCGCGGUAGACGAGCACGGAGAGCUCCAGAAUACCAGCUUCGGCACCGGUAUGGGCGACACGCUGCAGUUCUACAAGGAAAUUCCGCUUACAGCGAUGCCUUACGGGCAGGCCAUGGCAAUUAUGGCGUUGGGGGAAUACUUGCGGACAUGUUUGUAG